AUGACGCUCAAGGAAACGACAAAGCUUUUCACUCCCGUCAAAGUGGGAAAAGUCGAGCUUCAGCACCGAGUGGUGCUUGCUCCUUUGACACGACGACGUGCAGAUGAGACCACAGCAGUCCCGGCGCCCUAUGCUGCCGAAUACUAUGCUCAAAGGGCAUCUUCUGGCGGUCUGCUCAUUUCUGAAGGCACCUUCAUCGCUCAUGAGGCCGGUGGGAUGUCGCGUGUACCAGGUCUCUACUCUCAAGAGCAGAUAUCAGCAUGGAAGACGAUAACGGAUGCUGUACAUGCUAAAGGAGGGUUCAUAUUCUGUCAGCUCUGGGCCUUGGGCCGAGUUGCGAACCCGAAGAUUGUCCCUCAUGUCUGGAGUGCCGGUUCUGUGCCCUUCGAUGCGAAGGGUACUGGGUCGGCUGAGCCGCCCGCUAAGUUUACAGUGAUGACCGAAUCAGAUAUUGAUAGAUUUGUGGGACAUUACCGACAAGCUGCUCUCAAUGCUAUCGAAGCAGGCUUUGACGGAGUUGAAAUUCACGGAGCAAAUGGAUAUCUGCAAACCAACAGUAAUAACCGCACGGAUUCGUAUGGAGGUACUCUCGAAAACCGUUUCCGUUUUCCAUUGAAAGUCCUUAACGCUGUUUGCGAGGCCAUCGGCCCUGAUCGCGUUGGAAUCCGCAUGAGCCCCUUUUCGAGAUUCCAAGGUAUGCGUGAGACCGAACCUAUGGCUGUCUUUGCCCCCUGGGCCGGAGCCAUCAUCAAGGCCCAGCCAUCUCUGGCAUUCAUUCAUGCAGUUGAACCUAGGAUUUCAGGAGGAAGUGAUUCCCCUGACAAAAUCUUAGAAGAGAACGAAGAUCUCGCUCCCAUUCGAAAAAUCGUUGGCAGUUCACAGAUUAAGUUCAUUGUUGCAGGAGGUUAUACACCUGACACUGCAGUUAUGCAUGCAGCUCAGACCGAUGACCUUGUAGCUUUUGGACGCUUCUUCAUUCCAAACCCCGAUCUACCAGCCCGAAUUCAGAAUGGCUGGCCGCUGACGAAGUAUGAUCGUUCGCUAUUCUACACGCCGGAUGAGCACGGCUACACUGACUACCCUGAAUACAAGCCGGAUGCAUCCAGACUUUGA